UUGAUGCGAGUGUCUCUCUGUGCGUGUGUGCAUGUGUGUGUGUGGAUGUGUGGAAGCAAAGGAGGAGGAGAAGGCGGCGAAGGAGAAGGGGGCGCCCGUCCGCUGCCCCAGCGAGCAAGGGGGUUGAAAAACGCAAAGAGAAAGAAGCUCGGCUAUCAUGAGCCAGCGAAGCAAGCGCUGAGUGGGCUCCGCGGCCGGAGGAUCGGAAGCACUUUUAUCUUCCAAGCGCGGAUGGAACGUUGAGGAGGCCACAUCAAAAGCUCCUGGCGGGGGGCAAAACACCCGAUCGAACGUUGGGACAAACAUUCGAUCGAACGUCGGCGCGGCCGAACUCGCAGCCCGACGGGCAAAGACAGACUGAACCUUCGGGGGAGCGCCUUUCCCCGUCCUCUCUUAAUUUAUUUUCCCACUCUCGCUUUUUUAUUUUCCUUCUCCUUUCUUUUUCUUUUUCUUUCUUUCUUUCUUUCUUUUUUUUUUUUUCCAAAAAAGCCUCCCUCCCUCGUUUUUACUACAUUGUAGCCAUUUCCGUUUGCUUGGACAUUGUUAAAAGCUGCCUCCACCGUCUCCGUCGCCGCCGGGAGAACAAUAGGAAGGCAGGAGGGGCGACCGGGGCGCCCACCCCGGCUGCGCCCCGGGAAUCUUCAGCCAUACUUGUGGAUGUAACCCUCCCCCAUCACAAAGCUGAGCAGACAGGAGACCAUUUCAAUCGGUGGGAAUAUGAACCAGCAACAAAGAAUGGCUGCAGCAGGAACCGACAAGGAAUUAAGCGAUCUCCUAGAUUUCAGUAUGAUGUUUCCCUUGCCAGUGACUAAUGGAAAAAACAGACCCACGACUCUUGGUAGCACGCAGUUUGGUGGAUCAGGUUUGGAUGAGCGACCGACUUCAGGUUCUUGGGCAACAGGAGAUCAGAACAACUCCACGUUUGACCAAGUCAGGCAGGGUUAUGGCGAAGGUUCACACUACAGUGAACACAGGGACCUGCCAUCCCAUAACAGCAUAUCUUCGUCAUCAUUCCUGGGGUCUGGAAUAGUAGGAAAAGGUACAGAAAGAAGCAACUACCCAUUUGGAAGAGAUGCAGGCAUGCCAGCUAUCAAUCAGCCUGGCUUUCUGCCUAGCGAAAUAGGGAUUUCGAGUCCCAGCACGCUCUCCCCAACGGGGGUGAAGGGAAGCUCGCAGUACUACCCAUACGCCAACAACCCUCGCAGGAGAGUCGCAGACAGCAACAUAGAUGGACAACCGAAAAAAGUCCGAAAGGUGCCUCCAGGACUCCCGUCUUCAGUGUAUCCACCCAACUCAGGUGACGAAUACAGCAGGGACUCAGCCAACUACGCACCUUCCAAGCCUCCCAGCACCGUUUACCCUGGAGCCUUCUACAUGCCAGAUGGGCUUCACAAUUCGGCAGAUCUGUGGAGUUCUUCCAGCAGCAUGAGCCAGUCGAAUUAUGGGGCCAUCUUGGGCGCUUCUUCCUCCCCGCUUCCCCAGUCUAGCAACUUCAGCAAUCUUCACCAGCAUGAACGCAUGAAUUAUCAGAUGCAUUCGGGCGAAGUCAACGGUGGACUCCCAUCCGUCCCUGGAUUUUCUUCAGCCUCCACUCAGUAUGGAGUGUCCAGCCACACUCCCCCGAUUGGUGGGACAGAAAAUGUCAUGGGCAAUCGAGGAACCACCGCUGGCAGUUCAGGGGAUGCACUUGGAAAAGCAUUAGCUUCAAUCUACUCUCCAGAUCAUUCUAGCAAUAAUUUCUCUUCGAACCCAUCCACUCCGGUGGGCUCCCCUCAGGGAAUAACAGGUUCUUCGCAGUGGCCCCGAACAAGUGGACAGGGUGCCUUAUCUCCAAGCUACGAAGGCACCCUCCAUACUUUGCAAAACAAAAUGGAAGACCACUUGGACGAAGCCAUCCAUGUGCUGAGGAGCCAUGCAGUGGGCCAGACCAACCACAGGGACAUUCACGACUUGUUGGCAUCCGCUUCUGCGCACAGCACUUCUGUGGGCAGCCUUAGCCAGUCUUUCUCCCCGGCUUCUGUCUUGCCAAUUGCUAGUCGGCAUACGAACUUGGUGGGGGGAGGUCACCCUGAAGACGGCCUCUCUAACAAUCCUGGUCUUCUCCACAACCAUGUUGCUCUCCCUGCCCAGACCAGCUCGCUUCCUGACCUCAGCAGAGGACAGUCUUCAGAUGCCUUUAGUGGCUUGACUGGGGGCCUGGGAAGGGCCAGCGUCUCAUCUGGCACCAGCGAGAUCAAGCGGGAGGACAAGGAGGAUGACGAAAACACGUCAGUGGCUGACAAUUCAGAAGAGGAGAAAAAGGAACUGAAGCCAUCUCGAACCAGAACAAGUCAAGAUGAGGAUGAGGAGGACGACCUUCUUCCCCCAGAGCAAAAAGCCGAGCGAGAGAAAGAGAGGCGGGUGGCCAAUAACGCUCGGGAGCGCCUGAGGGUCCGCGACAUCAACGAGGCCUUUAAAGAGCUUGGGCGCAUGUGCCAGCUACACCUUAACAGCGAAAAACCACAGACCAAACUGCUAAUCCUACAUCAGGCUGUGUCGGUUAUUCUGAAUCUGGAACAACAAGUUAGAGAACGCAAUCUGAACCCUAAAGCAGCUUGCUUGAAACGUCGUGAAGAGGAGAAAGUGUCUGGCGUGGUGGGUGAUCCCCAGAUGGCACUUUCGGCAUCUCAUGCAGGCUUAGGAGAUGGGCACAACCCCGUGGGACAUAUGUAAAGGUGAUUUUUUUCCCCCUUGACCUGGAAGCAGAUGUCUGUAGGAAGAAGUGAGGACUGGAUCAUUUUCACACCCCUGCUGGGUGUCCACGCCAGAAACUGCAGUCUUGUUGAAAUACUGACAUGGCAAUGGAAAUUCAGUGUGCUCGAAGGAACUUUUAUUUCCCUCCACCAGAAAGGAAAAGCAACAACUUUAUCCAAAAACAAAAAACAAAAAACCACAAAACACAAAAAACCCAACAGCAAAGAUUGCCUUAACUGUAUAUUCUGGAACUCUUAAUGCAUAUCCUUCAGUGGGAGGUGGGGGGAAACAUUUAAGUGGCUUGUGUUCACAAAAGGCCAGCAGAAGAAAUUGUGCCUAUGCGUUUGUUUCUUUUCUUUUUUUUUCUUUUUUUUUUUAAAAAAAGAACAUUAGUUACAAUAAUUUUUUAAAUGUAGAACAAACAUAGUAAUGCCUUUUUUUUUUUGUUUUUUAAAGCUUCUUUUGCAUCUCUGUUUUGUAAGCAACAACAAAAAAAUGUAAAAAGAGAGAAAGAGAGAGAGAGAGAAAGAAAAAGACUUGAUGAUUCCCCAUGCCUUUUUCUGCUGCUGUUUCUAUAGUUAAUGUUGCAUAUUAUUUUUUAAAUAAGAUCAACCAGAAAUAUUAAAAGUUUGUAUUAAGAGACUGGAUGUUUUUUAAAAAGAAAAAAAAAAGAGAAAAACAAAAGAAGAGAUUGGUACAAGAGAGAUUUGCAUUUUGGCUCGGAGAAAGUCACGUGCGUUUAGCGAGCGGGUUAAUAAAAUCUUCCCUAAGGCUAGUAGCUUUUAUAAUUAAGAGGAAAAAAAAGAGGGAGGAGAAAAUACUGAUUAUCACCUCAAUUCCUUUUUUUCGCUUGGAAUAUUGGAGGGUUGGAGGGGGAAUGAAUCCAUCAGCUGCUACUCUUUGUGUCGUUGUGGCUUAUGUCUUUCACCCAAAGGAUGCAACUAGUUGCAAUUCUUGGAAGCUUUCUGUUUGGUCUGGCCCUCUCCCAUCUUCCCUGCCACUCAAAGUAUUUCCAAUCCCUUCUAACAAAAAAAAAAAAAGACAAAGAAUGACACAAGGCAUUUCUGAACAUUGGUUGGAAAAUAUGGCUUUGAGUUGGGUGGUGGCCUCUGUAUCAGGCGCAAAGAAUCAGGACCGUACGUUAAGUCGCAAUCCGGAAGAAUUCCUUGGUCGAGCUUAUACACAAGAAUCUCGUUUGACUAAAGUUCAGAUCUGAACCGGCACCAGAUAAGGGGUCAACGGAAUUCAAGGGGGGCUGGACGGACUGUUUGUGGGAACGUAACGACUCUAAGCUGAUGACACGUUUAACUCUGCCCCCUCCAGCUCUGCCUGCUCUUCUACAUUCUGGGAGCUUGCAGAAGUAUUCUUCAAAGGCACAUAGGAGAUGGAAAACCACUUGCCUUUUUUUUUAAAAAAGCACUGGUGCAAAUUGACGUGGAACAAAAAAGGAAGCGAAAGAUCCUAACAGGUUACAAUCAGAACAAAGAUCUCAUGGGAGAAAAGGAACAAGAAAGCCUCACCCAGCAAAAAAUAAAUAAAUGUAUAUAUAUAUAGCGCCAGAGAGAGAGAAAGAGAGAGUGGCGUGCAGAGUCCAAGUUGCUGUUGUGAAACAAAUGCACACACCAAAGAAGACGCAUCUCCUACCCAGCUUGGCAAUGCUCCACAGGUCUCAGAACAGGCUGCCGCCAUCACUGUUGCAUUUCUGCAGAAAAUGCUGGUGAGGUGGCUCCACCGUUUUCCCCUGAUCCCUGUGUGCUCUCGUGGGAGAUCCUCCCUCUUUUUUUCAUGGACAGAGAAGGAGAAUUAUUUGAUGUCUCCCUGAUGCCAGAGAAAUCCAAUCCCCCUGUAAGGUUGCUUCACCCCCGGGGAGGAAGGAAAGGUAUCCUGUGGCCCAUUGGCCGAAGAUCUUUGAAGACCUACAGAAGAGUUUGCGUUCUUCUGUAGGACAGCCGACUGUAACUUAAACAUUUUCUUGGGUUGCUAGGUAUUUGGAGCCAGCUGAAGGGCAUGGAGCAGUCUCAAAAUGGGAGCUGCAACGUUCUCGCCGCAUGUCACUUUUUCUGGUUGGAGAAAAGGAUGUAGCAUCUGCUGGAUAGUUUGCGGUAACCCCACAACCACUUCCCUUUCUUCUAAAUGCAGUAUUUCUCAACCUCAGCAACUCAAAGGCAGGUGGGGGAUUCUGGGAGUUGAAGUCCACCUGCCUUCGAGUUGCUGAGGUUGAGAAAUAGUGCUCUAAUGCCGUUGAGAGAGGUUUCGUCAUAAAGGGCUCCUUGGGGAUGGACUUUUCUGCAAAAUGUCCGCCUUGACCUCUCUCUAAAGAAGGAGAAAAGACCAGACACUGUACCUUUUGAUGACAAAGGACAUGCCAGCCAAGUCAAACCGGCCUAUUCUCUUCCAUUUUUGCCAUCUGUUUUGACUGAAUUGCAGAAUGCCUUGUUUUCUGACGACAGGAGUGCAGCCCUUCUGCAUAAAAGCGGAAACAGGAGGAACGUUCUCAAGAACAUCGGAGAAGAAACGCGGCCAAGGUCCUCCAGAGAGCUCUGACUUUCCCUCUCUUCCUUCUCUCUGUUCCACGGGCAAAGUUGUGAACCAGGAUCGGGGCCUGUCUCUGGGUUCGAACGGCUUUGCGUGGAGGGCGGGAGCAGGAUGGCACAUCGCAAUCCGAACCACGUUUCCUACCACCAUCGUGGCGAUGUGAUUCUGCAAAGCAGAUAAAAGGGCGGCCGGGUCCUUCUAGUGCCAGAUCUCCCCAAAUCUCUUUCUAGACCACCAGCAUGAAACCAGCUUCUCCUCUAAUUAUUGUUUUUGUUUUGUUUUGAUUGCUUAAAGGUAUUUCUGUUGAAAGGGAAGCACCUUUCCAAGGUAUGUCUACACUACAAGCGCUAAGCUAGUUUCAGAUCAGUUUAACUGUCUGGAGCAGUGUUUGCUCCACCUUGGCAACUGUUAAGACGGGUGGACUUCAACUCCCAGAAUUCCUCAGACAGCUGGCUGAGGAAUUCUGGGAGUUGAAGUCCACCGAUCUUAAAAGUUGCCAAGGUGGAGAAACCCUGAGGAAUCCUGCAGGUUGAUAACGGUGUUAACAGCCAGUGGUGGGAUUCAGCCGGUUCGCACCACUUCGGGAGAACCGGUUGUUAACUUUCUGAGCAAACUGGUUGUUGGAAGAAAUCAUUAGGGCAGAGAACCGGUUGUUAAAUUACUUGAAUCCCACCACUGUUAACAGCUCUUGGUUUAUGAAUAUCUGCGCAUUCCUAAUGGGACCCUCUUAAGACUACGUUUUGCAGAUCUCCUGUAUUGGGGAGCUGCUGUAGCCAGAAACGGGUUUGAAACCAGUUUAGGUUUGUAAUAUAGAUGUGUCCCAAAGUCUCUUGGGAUAUUUAUUUUUCUUGGGGGGGGGAUGUGGGUUUUAGGAGACAAAAAGGGACAAGCAGAAAAAGAAUCCAGUUGUCAUGGGAAAAUGUAACGUGUUUUGUUAACAAAAAUAGGGGUUCAAGCAAUGCAGAGAACAAAAUGUAACUUGAUUCCCAUUUAAGAUAUAUUUUUCUAGAAGGGGUGGGGAAGGCUGUGUAACUUUCAGUCCUUGUAGAGUGUUUUAAGGGUUUUUGUUUGUUUGUUUUUUUGUUAUUACGGCUUUUUUAUAUUAAAAAAAAUGAUUUGUUUUGCUUUGGGAGGGCUGCCUCAAGCCAGAUACAGUUUAAUCAUGGCAAUGUCUUAUGGAAAUGAAUGGACUAACUUAAGUCUUUCGGCGGACUUAGGUUUUAUCUAACUGUAUGUGGGUUGGAGUCUUGGUGUUUGCUGCCUAUGUGUAAAAAUCCAGCUGUACUUAACUGGCUGAGAUCCUUGUUAUUAAAUCAGAUACACAUUAUAGUUUUUAAAGAUAUAUAUAUAUAUAUAGUAUAAAUAAAUAAAAUAUAUAUAUAUAUGCCUAACACCAAUAAAAAAAAGGAGAAAAAGGAAGAAAAGUAUUGGGGGGGGGAGGGAAAAGGGCAAGAUAGUUUAAAAAAUACUUUUUUUGGACUGAUUCAGAAUUACUGGGAUGGGGAGCACGGGGGUUAAAGUUGUGUUUCUGAGUGCCUCAAGAUAUGGAUUGUGUUCAUUUUUUAAAAAUAUAUAUAUAAUAAUUUUAUACAAGUGUCAAGAAAAAAAAAACAGCUGGCUGGAUUAUUUGGAAUUUUUAAAUAAUCCUUAACUUUUUUAAAAGUAGAAUUUUGAGAACUGUCCUGUAUAUAACAGUAAUGUAGCAAUAAAUGUGACAUUUUAUAACAAUAUUACCUUUUCCCCCACUCCCCAGAUCUGUCUUUCAGAUGUUGUAUACCUAUCAAUGAAAAAAAAAAGUUGUAAUAAAGGUUUUACCUUGUACUAAAA